AUGUAUGCUUUCUUCCCUUCAGACCUCGGAGAAGGCUUCGCGUACAUUUGGCAGUGGUUUUGUGCUAAAUAUGGUGAUGAUGGAUGUUGUUGUGGGAAUGAGAUAAAGGAUGGGCUGAUUGAUGAGCACCGUCGAAAUAAGCGAGUGUAUAGGGUUGUUGAAAGAAGCAGUAGGUGUUAUGAAGUAGAACAGAAAUGUGAAGAAAGAGAGCGACAUCCCAUCAAACAAAGGGAAAAACAUGCGUUCUAUCCUGUUGAAAUUGCUGAUGUACCUGCUGACACAAAAGAUAAAGAUGAAAUUCUUGAGAGUGAAUUUUUUGACACAAGACAGGCAUUUUUGAGUCUUUGUCAAGAAAACCAUUAUCAAUUUGACACUUUACGCCGGGCUAAACAUUCCUCAAUGAUGGUCCUUUACCAUCUCCAUAAUCCAACUGCUCUUGCAUUUGUGACAACAUGCAAUAUAUGUCAUCUUGACAUCGAAACUGGUCAAGGCUGGCGUUGUGAGGUUUGCCCUUAUUAUGAUGUAUGCAAUUCUUGUUAUCAAAAGGAUGGGAGUAUGGAUCAUCCUCAUAAGUUGACAAAUCAUCUGUCCCUGGCUGAGCGCAAUGCGCAGAACAAGGAAGCUAGGCAAUCGAGGGUUGUGCAGGAUGGGGGUAUGGAUCAUCCGUGUAAGUUGACAAAUCAUCCGUCCCUGGCUGAGUGCGAUGCGCAGAACAAGGAAUCUAGGCAAUCGAAGGUUGUGCAGGAUGGGGUUAUGGAUCAUCCUCAUAAGUUGACAAAUCAUCUGUCCCUGGCUGAGCGCAAUGCACAGAACAAGGAAGCCAGGCAAUCGAGGGUUGUGCAGCGAAAGCAAAUGCUUGAUCUUCUGGUGCAUGCAUCACAAUGCCGUUCUCCAUUUUGCCAAUAUCCUAAUUGUCGCAAGGUGAAAGAUCUUUUCCGGCAUGGGAUACAAUGCAAAAUUCGUGCAUCUGGAGGCUGUGAUCAGUGUAAAAAGAUGUGGUAUCUCCUUCAACUUCAUGCUCGUGCAUGCGAAGAAUCAGAAUGCCAUGUUCCACGCUGCAGGGAUUUGAAAGAACUUUUGUGGAAACUUCAGCAGCAGUCGGAUUCACGACGAAGGGCUGCUGUGAUCAAGAUGAUGAGGCAGAGAGCUGCUGAGAUUGCUGGCAAUUCUGGUUAA